AUUAUAUUAUAAUACUAGUUUGUGUUUUUUUUUUUUAUUAACAUGUUAUAACAUAAUGAUUAAACUGUGAUUUAUAACUACCAUUGGGUAUUCAAUUAACGACAUGAACUUAUAUAUUUUAAUUGUUGUUAAACGUGCUUCUUCAUACAAAUUAAUAGAUAAAACCUAUUAACAUAUUGGAGCUUAUAUUAAAAAGGCUAAAGAAUUAAAUAAUAAACAUCAUGGCGACCGAAGUAGGAUCGGACAUCGCACUUAUACAAGAUGAGGAUAUGUUACGGAAAAUGUGGCAACAAACCGAGGAUUUCGGUAAGAAGAAAGAGAUUCGUAUGAGGAUGUAUAAACUUCGAGAACAACGUCUUAAAGAGUUUUAUACGACAGGAGAAAUGAUCCAAACAGAAACAACAUCUAAACGCUCAUCAACUAGAACGCAUACUGAAUCUAUUACGGAUCAAGGAUUCAUGACUAUGAAAACUAAAGAGAUCCGGGAUUCAGAAUCUCCGACAGAAGAUUAUCAACGACAAUCAAAUGCUAACAAAAAUUAUUAUGUGUCAUCGAAAAUUGAUGAAUCGGAUGGCAAUAGAGGAAUUGUUGAAAUAGAACAGGCCAGCUCUUUAAAGCCAAAUGAAGAGUAUACUCAAAAUUCAUUGCAAACGUCCAUGUCUAGCUCUACGUCAACUAAAUGGAAAUCGUCACAGACUACUAUUUCUGUAUCAGAAGAAGUUCAAAAGGCUGAGGUAAAUUUGAAUUCCAAAUUUAUUGUCAAUGAACAGAAUAACGAAGAUAGUCAGUUGACAUAUGAUACAUCAUAUAAUAAUUCAGACAGCUCAAAUAUUGAUAGUAAAGUAACUGAAUCAAUAUCUACUACAAACGUAGACAAUAUUAAACGAGAUGAUAAUAAUAAAUAUUCAAAUGUUCAUCAAAAAGUUGAAGAAACUUAUACAUCCAACGGUGAACAAUUUGAGCCUGUAUCAGAAAAUAUAUCAAAUGCAGACAGUAAUUUUAUAGAAAAUACAUACAUCUCAAAUAUUUCAUCAAACAAGUCUGAACAUUUUGAGAUAGCAACGGAUAAUAAAAUUAUAAAUGAACUUCAAAAACUGGACUCUUAUCUAUCCACACAGCAGUCAACUACAGAUUCUUCUACCAAGUCAAAUUCGAUAGUUUCUAAUGAUGAUAAGAUAAUCAAGAAAGUUGAGGAUAAAGUUAUUGAUACAUCAAAAGAACAUAUUGAAGGUCAAUAUAUCACCACACAUCAACAUUCAUACCAGCCACCUAGGAUUAGUGUUGAUUUGAGUCCAUCGCAUGAUGCUUUUGCUAAGAGCUUACGAUCAACUCCAGAAAGGUCUAGUCCAUCACCUUCCAGAGAACGUAUAAGUCCAGAGCGUAGAUUUAAAUCUGCCAGUCCCGAAAAGUAUAGAGCAUCGCCAGAGAAAUCAGGAAGUCCUUCUAAAUCACUCAAUUACUCUACAAGAAGAAGAUUGUCAUCCACGCAAACAAAAGGUUUAUCAAAAAAACGAUCUAUUACACCCACUCGAGGUGAAAAAUAUGACUCUUCGGACGAUUCUGAUUGUUCUGGCGCAACUCAUGGCACUUAUGAUAAGUAUAAAGGUUGUGACGCUAAAAAAACCUUGUUUAAGGAAGAAAAAAAAAUUACUUCUACAUCAAAGUAUGGUCAAAAAUCCUCAUCUACAAGUCCAGUACGGAGAGAAAAAUCUCCUGGAUAUAGCAGCGAAGGGUCAGUUGGAAAAGAAGUGAGAAAGUCCUCGCCUAACGUGAAAAAUAGCUCACAUGAAAGUAGCCCUGAAAGAAGUGCGUUUAAACCAGUAAAUAAUUAUAAAACACUUAUAACUCAACAAGUUACUCAGGAUAAUAAAAUAAAUCGUAUAACACAGGAAGAUAAUGUAUACACUAACAAUUAUAAUUCUAAAAAUAAAAUUAGUGAUGACAAACAUUUAAUUAAAGUUAUAAAAUCUGAAAUCGAUAAUGAUUUAAAUGAAAAAGAAAACGAAAAUACGGAAAGCACUACAAAAAAUACUGAAAAUAAUAUUAUAAAUUUAAAAAAUAAUUCGAUUCAAGAAAAAUUUAUCACACAGGAACAAGUGUGUAUAUCUGUUGAGCAAGUGGAUACUGAAAAAACAACAACACAACCCACGUCUAGCAAUGAUAUAAACAAAUCACCUAGGGAUAAAUCACCCUCAAAGAGUGUUAGGAAGGAAAACAAAACAAAACAAGAUGAAUUUAUUGAAAACGAAAAAUCAAAUGUAGUUAAACAGAGCAAUAUUAUUAAUGAUGUAAUAACAAUAAAACCGAAAGAAAAAUCUCCAGUAAAAGAAAUUAAACCAGUUACAAAAGAUACUAAAAAAUAUCCAACCGUUAAGUCUUCGGAAAAUAUAUCAUAUACUUCUGACAUUAAAUCUGUUACACCUUCUAAAAAAACAAUUUCAACAGUACCUUCGUCGAUACCUUCGCCAACUAAGAAAGUUGUACCUUCAACUUUAGAGAAAACCCCAUCUAAAAAAAACCUUAUACACAAGGAUUCAAAAGACACUUUAUUAAAUAAAACUGUUAAAAAAGACCUUUCAAGAGACAAAAUGGAUAUUAAAAUUACAAGAAGUGAUAGUAAGACUUUGAUACAUAAAAAUUCAAAAGAACGUAUUACACCAAAAAUGGUCGUCAAAAAGCCCAGUCAUGAAUUAUUAGUAGACAAAAAAACUACGAUAUCAUCUAGACAAAAAGUUACUAGUCCAGAAACUAAAACCAAGACUCUGGAAACAAUCAAAAUUCUGGAGAAGAAAGACUCAAAAAAUAAACUUAAACCUUCAAUUAGUCCACAAUCUUCACAAAAAAAGUUAGUUCUUGUAAAAUCAAUUGCUGAAACAAAAAUAGUAGAUUCUAAAAAGACUACAGGAAACAUAUACUCAAAGAGGAUUCCUUCUUUAAAUGUAACCAAACCUAGAACACAUACUUCGCCAAAGUCUGAUAUAAAUGAAACACCAACUAGAGUAACAAAACCGCAUACUAAAACCAUCUCAACCUCAUCCAUAGCUAAGCCUCAAAUCAAAAAAACAACUUAUUACAAUUCAAAUAAAACUUCAAAAGUAGAAAUUACUAAAAAUGUAGGACAAAAAUCAAAUGAUUUAGAGAAUGAAUUGCCUCCAGAUAAUUUUGAAAGUGAUACUGACUUAGACGAUUCCACCAACAAACCAAAAUAUAUUAAAAAUAUAUCAUCCAAUUCAUCAACAUCUUCUUCGUCUUCGGACGAAGACGACGAGGACAGAGAUGAUAUAAGAAAAAUUCAAGACAUUGAUAAUAUAAGAAUUGAAGCUGAAGAAGAAUACGGUAAAAAAAUGACAAACAAAGAUGCAUUAUUAAAUGUUAUUGUUCAAUUACCUCCAUCGUCUAGAGAAUCAUCGCCCGAGUAUUCUGCGAGAUUUGGCCAGCCAUAUUGUUCAGUAUCAGACGAUGCAAGUUUGCCAAGAUAUGCUGAUGUUGUAAGUGAACCAGAAGAUGCCAAUGAUUACAGUUUACACAGUAACAGAUAUGAUGUUGUAACAGAUUUAGAUGAAGAAAGUAACGUUACAGUUGCUGACAGAGUUUCAAAGUUUUUAAAUAAUGUCAACAAGCAAGAAGAAAUACAAAAAACUACGGAAAUACCUCAGAGUCCUCAAGCAGUAAGAAAAACCAAACAAAUAUUUGAAUCUAUUGCAAAAGGAAAAACUGAAGAGACCGAUAUAAAUGACGUAAUCAAAUCGGAAACAAUGAAUAUUAAAAAUGAAGAAGUUCAUGAUUUGUCAAAAAUUAAUAACACACCAUCUUCUGUUUUGACAAGAAAAAUUUCUGGAGCAUCUGAUUAUAAAACUAGGAAAGACUUCUUUGAGAAUAAAAAAUCGAAUGACAUAUCCGAAAAAGUAACACAUUUAACCCCCACUAAAAUAACAAGAUCAUCGUCGAUAAAAGACAGGCGCGCAUCGUUCGAAACAAAGAUUGAUAAAAAAACACCGUUGAAAGACAAAACCAAUGUACCGAGAACAAAAUCACCAGAGUCUAAAAGUAGCUCUCCUGACCGAACAACCAAAACUCCGAUAAAAAUAAGCAAGACAGAAACGUUUGACGUUAAAGUUGAAGAAAUAAAUAGAUCUAGAAGACUAUCGGGAUCAAAAAGUGUGAAAGACAGAACAGCUACUUUUGAAAAGAAUGAACCUACUCAAAAAUUGUACAAGGAAAAUAAAACUACUUUUAGACACCAAGUACCAAACACACCUUUAAAUACAAGUAAGAUUUCAGAAACGCGUAUUAAGACAGCCACAGUGACUGACACUAAAACUGCAGAUCGUGUCUUAAGUAAAAGAGUCAGAAGUCCAGAAAAACCUUCAGCUACCGAUUCGAUAAUUAAAACUAACGAGAGUACAAGCAAAAAAGUUCCAUCAAAAAGUCCCGAUAGAAAGAUCACGGAAACUCCAAAAAGAAAUAGCACGGCUAAAAGCCCUGAUAGACAAAUAACGGAAACUCCAAAAAGAAAUAGCACGGCUAAAAGCCCUGAUAGACAAAUAACGGAAACUCCAAAAAGAAAUAGCACGGCUAAAAGCCCUGAUAGACAAAUAACGGAAGCUCCAAAAAGAAAUAGCAUGACUAAAAGCCCUGAGAGAAGUGCAUUAAUCAAAACAAAAGAAGACACUAGUGAAAAUCGAAGUACACGUGAUACAAUUUCAUCAUCAUCCAGACAGCGAGCCACCAUCACCACUGCUAAAACUGAAUUUGGUGUAACAACGAAAAAUUCAUCAACGCCAAAAACUACAUUAACGACAACAACAACUCAAUCGAUUUCUAUCCAGAACGCUGAUGACGAAGUGGAGAUCGAAGAAAUAUUUGAUUUACACAUCUUAGAGACUAUGCUUGAAAAAGCAGUUGGUUACGACCGCAGGAGACGAAUUCGAGCACAAAUUCGAGUAGUGAAACGUCAAUUAGAGACAAACAGUGGAAAGGCAACCAACACUACAACACGUGUUACAAAGAACUUUCAAGAUGUUUUACCAGCCAAGACACAAAAACAAAGUAAUGUUACAGUUGAAAAAACUGAGAAUGUUAAGAAACUUGAAGUUAAAAAGGAAAGAAGUGUUUCUCCACAAAAAACGUAUGCAAAUCCUAUUGGAAAUUCGAGAUCUCCUUCACCUCAAAAGACUCUUAGGUCAGUUGUGGAAACUCGAACACCAUUGCCUACACAAAAAGCUGUUCGAACAAUUGAAAAUGAACGAUCUAAUUCAUCUCAAAAAACUGUGAUAUCAGUUGAGAAAGUUCAACCUCUUUCAUCUCAAAAAAUAACUCCAAUUGAAAAAGUACGAUCUCCUUCGCCUCAAAAGAUUACUUCAACUGAAAAAGUCCGAUCUCCUUCACCAAAAAAAAUAUCUGUAGUCCAGAAACAACAAGAUUCACGAUUCAAUAAAAAUGAAAAGUCUUCUCGAAAUUCUACUAUCACCUCUACCUCUACAACAGUUACCAAAACUACUAAAGUAAAAAGUGAACAAGUCAGCAGCAGCAGCACAAACCUUUAUCAAGAACAAAACGUUACUGAUUUGAUUACAUCCAGCUACGGCGUAGGUCCCACUGACGACAAUGGUAGACCGUUGUUCGGAUUGAGAGCUCUCAGGAAAACCAACGCCAAUCAAUCGGUUGUGAGCGAGACCGAUUCAUCGUCGUCUGUCCACUACGAAGCCGAAUCUCGCGACACUCAGGCAUCUGAUCAAAAAAAUAGGUCUUUCGGUCUGAGAGCACUACAAUCCGAGAACACGUAUACGGUACAAGAGUCGUCGAGCACUGUGUACCAAACAGCGUCCGAUCAAAAAGGCGGCGUCGAUCAGUUGAUCACCGACCAUAAGGGCAAACCGCUGUUCGGGUUGAAAGCGUUGCAGAGCAUCGGCAAAAACGAAGAAGAACCUAUUUACGACGACAUGCCAGAACCGCCGGUAUCCCCACAGUUAAAAGAUCUGGUGCUCAAGCACGAAAAACACGCAAAAGAAAGUUCCAAGUUAGAGUCACAACCUAGACAAAAACCAAAAGCAAAAUUCAGAGAUAGUUUUAUACUCGAUACUAAAGAUGAGGGUUUGUAUUCAACUUUUGAAGAAAAUGGAUUUACAGACCCUAACGAAAUUACUUCGUUGCGUUCGAUAAUUAAAAAAUCAGAAGAUGAUCAAAACAAUGAAACUAUAGUUAAAAGUAAAAGUCAAUCAACAGUAUUUCAAUCAAAGAGUGUUAUGCGGUCCGAUGGAUCGGGAAACGUUUCAGUGACACAAGAUUUCUUGAAAGGUGAAUUGUCUUCUGUGAAUGAACAAGAACCAUCAGGAAACUUACUCGGGGACAUUAUACCUAUCAGAGCCCAGAUAAUUUAGAUGC